AUCCCGGCCGUGCAGGAGGUCGCCAGGGACACCACCAACGCCGUGCUGGCCUUUGUCACCAGGCUGCGGCAGGAGGGGAUCCCGUGUCCCGAGGCCACCAUCGGCUCCACCCCGUCCUGCAGCCACCCGGUGCCGGAGAUGUCGCAGCUCACCGAGGUGCACCCGGGCAACUACCUGUUCUACGACCUGCAGCAGACCCAGCUGGGCUCGUGCCGGCCGGAGGAGGUGGCGAUCCGCGUCCUCACCAGGGUGGUCGGGCACUACCCCCACCGCCGGCAGCUGCUGGUGGACUGUGGGUGGGCGGCCCUGAGCCUGCACGGCCGCGACCGGGGACCCCCGGGCUGCGCCGCCGUCGAGGGGCACCCCCAGCUCAGGCUGGUGGGGCUGACCCAGGAGCACGGGCAGGUGGAGGCCGUGGAUGGGGAGCUGGAUUUCCAGAGGUUCCCGGUGGGAAGCACCUUGGCGCUCAUCCCGUACCACGCCUGUGCCACGGCCGCCAUGCACCCCGUGUACUUCGUCCACGCCGGGGGGAAGGUGGUGGAGCUCUGGCACCCCACCCGUGGGUGGUGAGGAGAGACGAGAGGGACCAGGGGGAUGUGCCCACACCGAGACCCUGCAGCCACAUGGAGACCCUGCACCGAGACCCUGCACCCAGGAGACCCCGUUCCUUCACCAAAACCUGGCACCCACGAGACCCUGUACCCACACCAAGACCCCACACCCACACUGACACCCUCAUCUAGACCCUGCACCCACAUCAAGACCCCUCACCCUCAUUGAGACCCCACAUCAUGAGACCCCACACCAAGACCCUGCACCCUCUCUAGGACCCCACACCCACAGUGAGAUCCUUAACCCACACCAAGCCCUGCCACCAUGAGACCCUGUGCCCUCACCAAGAUCCCACACCCACGCCGUGACCCCACGCCCACGAUGAGAUCCCACGCCCUCCCCAAGCCCCCUCAUCCGUGAGACCCCGUGCCCACACUGACGCUCUGCACCCUCAGCAAGACCCCACGCCAAGAUCAGGCACCCAGGAGACCCCACACCCUGGAGACCCCAAACCCACACCGAGACCCUGCACCCUCACAAAGACCCCGCACCCACAAUGAGACCCCACACCCAUGAGACCCCCUCAUCGAGACCCCGCACCCACGCUAAACCCCUGUGCCCACGGCAGCGUCCUGCACCCACCACACCGGGGGGCUGCACCCACGGCAGGGGCCAUAUCGGGGUCCCACCUACAGACCCUGCACCCACCCCAAGGCUGUGCACCCGCGCUGGGGUCCCGCACCCGCGUCAGGGUCCUGCACCCACAGCAAAACCCUGCACCCACGCCAAGGUGGGAUGCUGCACCCACUCCACCACCCCGCACCCACCCCAAGACCCCCCACCCGCGUCGGGACGCUGCACCCAGCUGAGACCCUGUGCCCACCCCAGGGCGCUGUGGCACCACC